AUGGAUUUACCAACUAUGAUGCGUUUAUUGGGCUUUGAAUUUGCCUCUGAAUCAAAAUUAAACUAAUAGUUACCGAUGGUUAAUUGUAAUGGAUAUACUGCAUUUAGAGAUGCUGUUUGUGAAGGAAAUAAAUUAAUGUUAGAACUAUAUAAUUUAUGUUGUAAAUUUGAUGUUCAAGACCAUUAUAAGUUUGUACAUGUAAUACUUACUGAUGGGGAAGACAAUAGAUCAAAAAUAUCCUUAAAAGAAUUUCUAGAUUAUCAAAGUUUAUUAUAAUUAUUACUUUAAAAAAAUAUUCUAUAAACAUUUUACAUAGGAGUAAAUGUGGAAAACAAUUACAUUGUUAAAUAAGAAAUGCAAGCUAUACUUAAAUGUAGUGGAAAUUCUGCUGAGUAUCAUUCAAUUAGUAGUAAUGGAAUUAAUGAUAUAUUUUAAAAAAUAUAAAUGAAAAUUGGAGUUAGAGUUGAAUAAAGAAACUUAGUAAUAGGAAAUCAAUAAGCAACUAUUUCUCUAAGAUAAUAAUAGAUAUCACCAAUUUUCUAAGUGUAAAUUAACAAUUAUAUUGUGUUAUUCAAUCUUGAUAUAUCUUAAUCAAUGUAACAAAGUUUGUUAAGCUGUGAAAGGUUUUUUAGCUAAUCUUGGAUCAAAUGA